ACAAGAUGGCGGCUAAUUUUGAAAUUCUUUCAUCGUUUAAAGUUCUGGAUUCAAUUCCAUUUGCAAAGUACCGUUCUAAAAGGACAGGGAUACAGUUCUGCUUUGCACAAGUUCCUGGACCACUCGUAAAUGGAUAUCUUUGUUUAGGAAUCUGGUUAUGUAACAGAGGUCCACCAUGUCAAUGGAGAGGGAGAGGAUGCAGGCGUAGUUUACUGUGAGAUGCAAGCCAGAGAAAACAGCGGUAGAAGUAGAACACACCUUGCUCUUUUAAGAAAUCUUUAUCCUGGGCAUUGUGGCUUAAAGUCAGAAACUGGAGGUAUUAUGGAAAACUUAAGAACUACUUGCAGUCAUGAAAAGGUGUGCAACUACCACCGUCAAUUCUAUCGACCAGAAAAUCUUUGUGUCGUCAUAACGGGUCUAGUGGAUCCAGAAAAAGUGUUUGAAGCCUUAACACCAUUUGAGGAAAAAAUACUUAACAAGAAAUCUUUGCCAGCUUAUGCAAGACCAUGGCAAGACCCCAUYCCUCCCCUACCUGGAAAUGUCAACAUUACUGUCCAGUUUCCAACAGAGGAUGAAUCRUCUGGCAUGGUUCUCAUUGGUUGYCGUGGUCCAGGGUCUAGUAAUCGCYGUGACCUAGCAGCCAUUAAUGCAAUAAUGGAUUACCUAACCGACACCUCUAUUGCGCCACUACAGAAGUACUUAGUGGAAAUCCCUGAACCUUACUGCAGUGAUGUCAGAUAUAAUAUCAUUGAACACUCCRAAUCAUGUUUGUACAUCAAAGCUGAUAAUGUUGAGACUGAUAAGCUCGUUGAGACAAAGGAUAAGAUCGUUGAAAUUUUGCAGGGUGUUGCUAACGGGACUGAGGAGAUUGACAUGGUCCGCAUGGAAGCAGUUGUCAAUCGACUGAUUCUUGAUGACAAAGAUAAAGUAGAGAAUGAUCCUCAUGAUACCUUUGCUGAUCUAGUAAUCUAUGAUUUCCUGUAUUCACAAGAUCACAACCAGUUGGAGAAAAGGACUAAGUUUAUYGAGGAGCUUUGCAGUUUGAAGACUGAGCCUGCUGAAUACUGGGCUGCCCUCGUUAAGCAGUACUUCAUUUCUGCACAAGUUGUUAUGGUCAUUGGUGAGCCAAGUAAACAGUUGAUGGAGAGAAUGCAAGCAGAGGAAAAGCAAAGAGUUGCUGAACAACAAAAGGCACUUGGUGAAGAAGGUUUAGCCAACAAAGCAAARMGACUUAAGACUGCUACUGAUGACAAUGAGAUUCCAGCACCGCUAGAGGUCAUCAGCAGCCUUCCUGUUCCUUCAACAUCUAGUAUUCACUUUCACCCUGUUAAAACUAUUAGCAACCGCAGCCAUGGCAAAUCACUCAAAGCAGAUCAAGACAGCCCUACUUUUCGAGUGCAGGAGAUUCCUUUUGCCUUUCAAAUGGACCACAUUUCAUCCAUGUUUGUUGAGAUUACAGCCAUGUUGGAUACAAAUGUGAUCCCAAGUGAACUUCAACCGUACCUUAGCUUGUUUCUAGAAAUCAUAUUUGAAUCACCUUUGUCACGCAAUGGGGCUGUCAUUCCACAUGAGCAAGUUGUWGCCGAGUUAACAGCUGAYACACUUGAUUACAGUGCCACAAUUGGCAUGAAAGGASGCAGAUUYAUGCCYGGCGACUUUGACUCAUUGGCUUGUGUUGUCUUUAAGAUUGAAUCAGAGAAGUAUGAAAGAGGAGUAAAAUGGCUGUAUGAAGUCUUGUACAAAACCAUUAUCACCAAAGAAAGACUUGACAUUGUUGCAAAGAAGAUGAUCAAUGAUGUUGCAAGCAUGAAGAGAGAAGGCAUGGUUGUCACCAAAAGCCUGCUAAGGGACAUACUCUUCUCUAAAAGCAGUAAUGCAUAUACAACUAACAUGAUCAGACAGCAUAUUCUCCUUACUAAACUAGUACAAGACUUGCAAACUGACCCUCAGCCWGUCAUUGAUAAAAUAGAGUCUUUAAGAAAUGUCUUGACCAAGCUCUCCAACAUACGAAUUCAUGUAGCUGCYGAUGUCAGUAAGUUGCCUAGCAAUGCUGAAAAAAUUUGGAACAAUUUGUUCAUGGACGGACAGUCAGAGACAUUACCAACAAGUCUUCCUGUCGUUCCUCUACCAAAUACCUUUUUGACCAAACCACUGUUCCAUGGUAAGAUUGUAGGCGUUGGUUCAGUYGAGUCUUCAUACCUGUUCCAGGCCACYCCAUGUAUUGAUAGUUACGACCACCCUGACCUGGCUGCCAUCAUGGUGUACUUAGARUGUCUGGUCACACUUGAGGGUCCUAUCUGGCGUCAGGUCAGAGGGCUUGGAUUGAGCUACAGCUACAGCAUGAGAGUCGAUCCUGGGAAGGGGUAUUUGCUGUUUAUUCUUGCUCGYUCAACYCAUGUUGUGAAAGCCUAUGAGAAAACCAAGGAAAUUGUGGAUGGGUACUUGUCAGGACAGACGUUAUUUGAGCCCAGCGAACUAGAAGCUGCAAAGAGCAGUGUUAUUUUUGGYAUAAUUUACAGAGAAAAAAGUGUUUCCUCUGCUGCUUAUCAGAGCAAGCUAGCACCGUUUAGACAAGUCCAGCCUGGAUAUAACAGGGAUUUACUAGAUAGAGUUUCCAAGGUAACGAUGGACGAUUUGGACCGCAUUGGACAAAAAUACAUCGCUUCAUUAUUCGACCCAUUGACGUCACGAUGUGCUGUAUGCUGCAACCCUUCCAAAGUGGACGAAAUUAAAGAUGGMCUUCAAAGUCUUAACAAGGACCUUGUGAAAGUAUCAUCUCUUGAAGAGGAAUUUACCUGGUAAAUCAGGUGUAAAGGUUCUCCAGAUCCACGUACGUCAUAUGCAAAWUCCACCAAUGACGUCAUGUUUCUUUCGACGAAGUGCAUCAUGGUUGCACCUUUUUCAAAAAAAAAAAGUCUGGAAGAACGGCGAUGGUCGCACGGAGUUUGCAUGAGUCGAAAGGGACUUUAGUUUAGCAGUUUAACAUAUAGAAUUGCACUGGUUUGGUUCACCAUGCGUUAAAAUGGAGACUAAAUAGAGCCAACGUCAGAGAAAUAAUGCUCUGUUUCGCAAAACACCGCGAAACACAACAACUUGGCUUUGUUUUAUACUCUAGUCAAUCCCAAAGUGCACCUCGCCAAAUACAGCAUGACGUCAUUGAAAGGACCGUUUAACCCCCACACGGUCCUCGUAGUACACCACUGCACUAUAGCAAACCGCACAAUUUCUUGUAUUAUAGCUUCCAAAAAAAUAUAGAUCAUUUUCAAACU